UAACGUCCUGAACGAAAACAAGAGUCUCUCCAUGUCGUUAUGGCUUCGACCGCCUCAGCCAGCACUACCGACAUCCCAAAAGACGCAGAAGAGGCCUCCGUACUAUCAUCAAUAUCCCUUCAAAACCUGACCAUCCUUGAAGCCUGGGAUGCGGAGAACGAUACCCCAGAAUACAUAACGUUCUACCAUGUCACCAAAGAUGAAGAGGUGUAUUUCGGACAAUCGACUAAGAAGAAGAGGGAAAUGACCAUCGAAGACUAUCGAAACGCACUCUGUAGAAUUGAUGACAGCGAGAUAUAUCCGGAGGUUCCAGCGGACACGAAGUUGAAAAUCGCACAUCAUGAUGCUGGCGAGCCUAUCUACAUCAAACGACCCGGACUUGAGAGUUAUGAGACGACAAAAGGCACAGACUUUGCCCGAAACGCCCUCCUCGACGAAGUUCUCAUCAUGGAGCAAAUCUCCCAGACGCCUCAUCCCAACAUCAUUCGGUAUCAUGGCUGCUAUACGAGACGAGGCCGAAUUACCGCAAUUGUUCUACAGAGACAUGAAUACACGUUAGUGCAGUACGCUCAGAACCCUGGCUUCAAGAACAUCGACAUUGACGAGUUCCUCAAGGCGCUCGAGUCUGCUGUUGCCUAUCUGCAUGCGAUAGGCUUGGCACACAACGAUAUCAAUCCUUACAACAUCAUGCUCAAAGAGAAUGAUGCGCCUGUCUUGAUUGACUUUGGUUCUUGUCAACCCUUCGGGAGACAACUGCGGUCUGCCGGAACCCCAGGAUGGUGCGCAGAACCUUUUUCCACAUCAGAAAAGGAGCACGACAUUUAUCCUCUUCGGAAACUAAAGACUUGGUUGCUGAAACCGGAGUAGCUAAAGUGGUCAAAGCGAGUCCGACGAGUAUCUUGGCAUUUGGAAAGCUCGGUGAUUGAGAGGGUUCCAAGGCUUCAAACAAGACCAGACCUGUGCCUGUAGAUAGCUCAAGGCAGAAUAUCAGAAUGAAGAAAAUGAGCAAGGAGGUAUGAACUCAUGAAAACAAGAGCUAUCCCAUGGACGGCUGGUGUCCUACGCUCGGGACAUAUACAAGCUCCUGCAGGAUGACCGGUCUGAGCUGCUCAAAUCCAGGCGUACACUUCAUCAUACAGGGUAUUCUAUUGGCGGAGUCUUAUCGAUAACGUAGGAUCCAUAUCAGCCGUCCAUGAGACGAUUUUGCGGAAGGCUUUGUUGGAAGCGGAUUCUAGAGUUAGGGCGGAUCACACCGCACCCAUAUUAGCUUAGACUCGUUUUUAGUCUCUUACAGCAACCCGAAAAGUGCUUUAUAUUAGCCUGUUAUCAAUUCCAUAUUUGUUAGUGU